AUGACUUCUCAGGCUUUAACGUCACCAACUCUCCAGGAUCAAGAAUUCCCCGAUAAUUCAAUUCUUAAUGAUUCCGUGCUCUGGUUUGGAGAUCAUGAAGUUUCAACAACCCCAAGGCCUUUCAACAUAGACGGAGAACAUAGUCAGCAAAUUUGCAAUGAAUUUGAUUCGAUAUUAUGCAGUCCUGGUUCGUGCUUUGAAAGUAUAUUACCAGAUAAUCUUACCCAAGAUAAUAACAGUGUCUAUGAAAGUGCACUGAGGAAGGAACUUGAAACUUUGAGGAAGACAAAUGAGACAUUUAGCAAGAUCAAUAACAAUAUGGAUCAAGCGAACGAGAAUUUGCAACAAUUUUCAAAUACUGUUGACCAAACCGAUCAACUACUGGACAUAUGGAUAAACAUAUUGUCGCAAAGUAUAAGCACACAACAAAUACUUUCAGAUCCGUUAUGGCAGGGCUCCACUGCGGAAAAAAUACAUAUACUAGAACAAGUAAGAGAAAGGGAAAGAUUGGAACAAUUAGCAAGGUUACAGCAAGAACAAUUGGAAAGAGAACGAUUAGAGCGCGAAAGGAUAGAAUCCAAAAAAAAAGAGAUCGAAGCUCGAGAAGUUUCUUCAGAGCUACCCAGAAAAGGCGGAAUGACAUUGAUGAAAGGAAAGAAAAGUAAAUCAUUCAAUAAUUAG